AAAAAGGGCGACGCAAAUAUAAUUUCGUCUUUUACCACCCUCAACCCAUUCAUCUACACUGUCAGCACUUAACGCCGCAGCGCGAAGUUUAUCCCAAAGGCGCUGGACCGCUGAACUGACCGCCUAAUAACAAGCAAAUAGAUAAACAUUCAAUUGCGGACAGUAAACAGGCGCAGUUUCCGCGUCUCGGCCAAUGACGAGGCGUUACGACACGUCACUCCCUGCGCUGGGGUCCAGUGAUUGGUUGAGGUCAUGGGGCGGGGCGGAAUUUGGCGGGAAGGUGUGGCUGUCAGUGGGAGUUCGCUGGUCUGUGUGCUGUCCUGUCGUACGAAAGCGGCUUUUCCAGCGGGGCGCGAUGGCGAGCCAGGGUGCGGUGGCGGGGGAUCCCCUGAGGACACGCCGGCGCCUCCUGCAGGCCCAGCAGCGAGCCACUUUGGCAGGGCUGAUGGACACCCUGAGGAGCGUGGUCUUCCCUGCUGCCAGGAAGAACCCCAGCAAGUGGCAGGUCCUGCAACGGGCAAAGACAUUCCUCCAGCAGCAGGAAGCCCACCUGAAUGAACUGCUGAAGAUGAAAGAGGUAUUCCAGAUGGAUGAUGGAGGGCCAUACAGUGUGGAGGAAGUGAGAGAAGAAUAUCAGAGGUUUUGUGUUCUCUGCAGGUCUGACCCCGAAGAGAGAUCGGUAUGGAAACAGCAUUAUGACGCCUGGGAUUCACCAGGGCCUAAUAAAGAAGAAAUAUCAGACAACACCUUUGAACUCUCACAGUCUUCAAGUGCUUCUUUUCCCAGCAUUGUAGAGUUUGAAGGGUACCUGCUCUUCUACAGACAGACUGUGGACUUGCUUUUGAAGGGCGGGGUGCUGUCCCCGGAGCAGGCCGGCCUGGCCGUGGUGUCGGAGGCCAUCUCGGGGCUGUGGGAGUGCCUGCCAGGACAGCGGAGGGCUGCCUUCCAGAGCUACAGUCUGGGGCGGGAGUCCUCCGUCUCCCUGAACCUGCUGGGUGAGCCGCUUCUCCAGGGCUCCCCGCCCAGCUCGUGUCAGCUUGGGAGCCAAGAAGGUUCACUGUCAUCCGAAGAGGACCUGUUUAAAGAUGCUUUUGACUUUAUUCGGAUGGAAACAGAAACAUCCUCUCAAAACAGGCCAGUAUUGGAGUCUCUUGACUAUAAUAGUGUUGAGGAUUUGAGGGAAAUCUACAGAGCCAUCAUAAACUUUGUAAAGGCCCAGAUAUCAAGAUCAUCUUGCUCCUGGGUAGCCGAGAAAAUUGCGUCCCAAUCUAGUGCUAUGAUGGUGAACAACAGCCAGAUAUACAGGGAGAGGGAUCAGGAGGCUCCAGUACCAGCACUGAAAUGGUGAUGGUGAAGAUGGGGAUAAAGGAGUGGCAGCAAAAUGGAAACAAAUACUGUGUAAGAAAGCAAAGUCUGAUCUUUGAAAGGGAUUUGCCUACAUUUUAGGAGAGAGCAAAGUGAAUGUUGAGGGUACGGAGCCAAAUCUCUUCUUCACAUGCCCAAUUACUGCUGCUCUGAUUGAUGUAACUGCCUAUUCCUAAACUUCUGUGCAUUCCACAAAGGGAAAGAAUAUCAAAUCAUUUAAAAACAUUUCUGUGGGAUAAAAUUGGUAAUAUCCUAAAUACAUGUGUGUCUACUGGAGAUAGAAGGUGCUGGUUUACCAGUGAA